AUGUUGUUGUCUUGGAGAUUCGGUGUAUUACCCCUACUACUUCACGGCGUACUGGCCGCUGACCGCUACUACAACUGGCAUCUAACCUAUGAGGCGCUUGGUGAUUCGAGCAAGAAGGUGAUUCUUAUCAAUGGACAAUGGCCCCCCGAAGGCAUCGAAGUCGACUUGAACGAUAAGAUCAUUCUCACGGUAACAAAUGACGCACUGAACGGGGUCGACGAGGGAGUUUCUGUCCAUGCACACGGAUUUCACCAGAGGAAUAGCAACGACCAGGACGGGCCGGUCGGUGUGACGCAAUGCGAUAUCAAGAAGGGCGGUACUCAGACGCAAGUCUUGCCGUAUGUAUGGAAUGCUGUUCAACCUGGCACAUUCUGGGUUCACAGUCAUCAUGUUGGCCAAUACCCAUGGGGUCUCAGGUCCCCCUUGAUCGUGAGGUCACCAGAUGAUCCAGAGUAUUACGGCUAUGAUUUGGCCUCGGACUUUGUAGUUGAUAUGGCCGAUACGUGGUCGGCUUCAAUGGAGGAUGUGGAAAAUCAGUUUCAAACCGGUCAAUGCUGUUUUGAUGGUCGACAUGAAGAUUUAUGUGGCAUGGAGAUUCCACCGGAUGGUGCGAUUGUACACGAUACUUUGAGCGGCAGCUGUUCUUACGACGCUCUUAGCACCAAUGGCAAACCCAUCCGUGUUCGACUCAUCAACAUGUCCGCAUCAUCGACGUUUUACGUAUUUUCCAACGACCCAGGGAUCGACUUUGUGAUCAUUGAGGCUGAUGGUACCCCAUUGAAGAACACGGGGAACCCAGUAGCCAAAUCUAUCCAGCUGCAUCCUGGGCAACGCUACAGCGUUUUGAUUAACAGCAGUAAGAGCUUCUUGUUAUACUCAGUCAUCGAUCCAGAUCAAUACUCGGGCAACACUUGUCAACAGAUGAAUACGUACGGUGGUGGAAACAAAUUGCUCAGAGAUGGAAAGAGAGGUGGAGGCGGCGGUGGUCGCGCGAUCAGAUGGAACUAUGCCCUCACCGCCGUCGCUGAAUUCAACAUUGGUGGAGACAUGCCGACGCCAUACUUUGAACCCAACGAAUACUGCACCGAGUCAUCUGUACCCUGUUACACUCGUAAUGAUGACGAUAAGUCCCAGAGCUUGGUCAACCUUCCUGCCCACGCGGCAGAUGUCGGACAACGACUCUCGGAUCAUUGGGCAGCUGCCGGUAAGCUGGCGCCUAAAUACGACGUGCCGAGGCUCACCUGGGAGGAUAACUCGGCCAUCAUUACGAUCGAUCUGACGGCAACGAAGGGCACUAUGAAGUUCGCCAACUUGAAUAACAAGGCUUUCUACUCGCCUCAAAUCCCGCUGCUCUUGAGACAGGUCCAGGCUGGCCCUAACUGCACCAACACGGAUGUGAUUCCUCAGCCUGGCCCAGAUUAUUCAGUCGACGGCUACUUUGGGGCUAACAACACGUUCUAUGUGAAGAGGGAUACCACUGUAUUCUUUGUCGUUGGUUCCGAGACUGGACGUCAUCCAUUCCACCUUCACGGGUAUGACUUUCAAAUCCUCUACCUGGGAACUGAGCCCAGGCCACUCAAGCCCUUUGACCGAUUCUCGCCGUCGGGUGUUUCUUGGCCUAGCGAAGAGUCAAUCAAGACGAACUCGUUUCCUGCCCCCGAAAACCCAUUGCGCCGCGAUACCCUGCAGAUCGGCAGCAAGACCUACGCCAUCCUGGCGAUCAAAGCCGACAACCCUGGCGCAUGGUUCCUCCACUGCCAUAACGAUUUCCAUUCCUUGACUGGUAUGGCAGGCACUGUCAUCGUCGACUCGCCUGACACGGAUACGUGGAACUCAGCAUCCAUCGGCCAGUCGGUGUGGGAUCAAUGCGGCUUCAAAACAAGCUCUGGUGGAGGUUUCAGUGAUUGGCAGAACAAUUGCUGUGCGAAUCCUUCGUCGUGCAUGGCUGGUGCCUAUUUUCGAUAA